ACCGAGUGAUUAUCUGUGAAAAAAGCUAUCGAUACGGUAGGGGGUAUGAUGAGAUGGAUGUCUUGGUAUGGUACCGGUAUGGAAACCUGCACUGGGUGGAAUGGAAUUUGGCGGGUGUAUUGGAAUUGCCGGGGGUUCGUCUUUUUUUAUAUUUAUUUAUUUAUUUAUUUCUGUUUUUGGUUUUUUACUUUAUGGUGAUGGGUUGUCGUGAUGGGUGUAUAUUGCAGUAAUGUACGAUUCGUACUCUACCGGUGUCUGUGGUGCGUCUCUCGAUUAUGGGACGGGAUGGACCCCUUUUUCUCUCCGGAGGACUGGUGCGGUUGUUCCCCGCGAGCGUGGAGUGAUGUGGAAUGCUCGAGUGCCCGGGGGUGGUGGUAUCAUACUGUGGUGGAGGUGUACUCAAUGUUCUACAAUAUCGUGGCGCAUUAAGGAGAAAGGAAACCCUAACUGUAGAACUCGACACCUUCGAAAGGCAUAAAAUUGUUACAUUAGAGCUCGAGCGCUGGGUCGCGCAGCAUCUUACAGUGAACGGGACUAUGAUAACACUGACAUAACCGGGCUUAACCCAGUAGCUUACAAUUGAAAUAACAACCACUCCAUUAACUGCACCACUCGCCAUACUGGUAUUUCCCUCUCUCUAGGGAGAAUAAAAACACUGUACAGUGUACGCUUUUCGCAGAGAGGAAAAGAAAAAGAAGAAUGAAAAGCCCCCCCCCCAACCAUAAUAAACACAAGGAAGAGAAAAGAAAGCUAAAAACGCCGGAGAGUAGUAGUGUAGCGUAUCAUAGAAAUUUCCCGCGGACGGAGGUACACGCAAAGGGGGCAGGGGGAAAAAUAGAAAUAAUGAGAAAUACUAUACAGGUAGGUAGGUAGACACACAAACAACCUUUCAAAUAAGGAAAUACCAACGUUAGAAAUGUAAAGAGUCGAAAGAAAAGAAAGCAAUUGUCAAUGGAUCAAUCCGCGCUUUCCCAUUUCCUAUCCCCCACUCUACCAUAGUUCAAUCCCGCAACGUUCACAAACCCGAGCGCUAUACUCAAUUACUCCCUGCGGACUAGAAAGUCCGCCUCUUCAAACUCAUCCCUUUCGCUCAUGACGACAUCCCCUCCCGCUUCCUUCCUACCAAUCGCAGCAUGGAACCUCCUGCGCAGGGACCUUGGCAUGGCGAUUUCCUUCCUGACAACCUCGGCUGGGGCGUUCUCCUUCCCUUCCACCUCCUCUUCGAACUCCCGCUUCUUGCUGGGGCUUCCGGGGGCGACGGUGGCCAAAGACUUUGGUAGCUUUGCGAGAGCACCGUUGUUAUUGUUGGAUUUGGUGAGGGUGAAGGUAUUGAAUUUGUAGCUUCCGGACUUGUACCCUUCAGGAACGCUUUUGCGGACUCGCAUGCCCACGGUUAGGAGGGAAGACUUGAUGGGUGUCGGGACCUCAGGCGCGGCGGUGGUAGUAGCGGUGGCGGCGAAGCGGGAGGAUGGGGUGAAGAACGAGGUGAUGGUGGAUUGGGAGGUGAGGUUUUGACGUUUGCGGGGGGUGGAUAGCGUGGACAUUUUGAGUUGUAGUACGAUAGUUGUAUGAUAGUGUAGAUUCCCUUAUUUUGGGGGGAGUAUCUCUGUGAGGCGCAGGAAGCGGUCGACUAGGUUGUAGUGGUAGUGGUGCAGUGGUGGUAGUGGUGGCAGUGGAAGGAAGUAAGGAAGAGUGUGUGAAAAGGGACAGAGGACGGGUAAAUGACUGGGGGCGGGAGCUCGCGACAAGGGUUGUUUACCCAACCAAGCCAAACACUGGGCUGCAAGUCAGGCCGUUGUCCGGGGAACCUCUCUCCUGCCGAGAAGAGGGAGGCUAUCAUACGACAGCCAUUACCUAAAUGUGGGCAGGUUGGUUACCCGGCCCGGCUAUUGCUUUCUGGUCUUUUCGAACAGAACACCUAAAAAGAAAAGAGCUAUCAUACUACUAUAAUCUUGGCGAGAGGGUUUUGGCGCAAGCUGGCCUUUUUGUCUUCCCGAGCCUCACCAUAAAUCAAAGUAGAUUUCCCACCACCUUUUCCUUUUUUAAAAAAAUACGCUUCUCUCGCCUUUUUUAGAAAACCAGUUCUCUCUCUUUCCUCUUCCCCUCCUUCUCAUACGUUACGCGCCCCACGUUGAUCGUUCGCCCCACACUCUGAGUAGCAGCGGACCCUGAAUUUCACUGCUCGGAGAAGGACAGGAAGAACAGCGAUACCAACGAUCCACAUACCGGUACCCCAUUCGUGGGAGCCCUGGUGACAACUAUGCGCCCAAUAUCUGCGCCGCCAGUAGCCCUAACGGGUCUGCUACUACUAUCCAUCUCCUCCUUAGCAUCUGCCUCGGCCGCCGUACUGGGAAUAGACUUUGGCCAGGAAUUCAUAAAAGCGGCGCUGGUCAAGCCCGGAAUCCCCCUCGAGAUAGUCUUGACGAAGGACACCAAGCGCAAGGAGGCCGCAGCUAUAGGCUUCAAGCCAGCUAGCAACGGCGAAAAGGGGGAAUUUUCAUACCCGGAACGACUGUACGGCGCCGACGCGGUCAACCUCGCAGCUAGGUUCCCGCACGAUGUCUACCCGGGUUUGAAGAAGGUUAUGGGUCAGCACAUCACGGAUGGCUCGGUCGCCGCGUAUUCAAAGAGGAAUCCCGCGCUCUCGGUUGUCCCGAACAUUUUCCGGUCUACGGUUGCGUUCCAGAGUUCGUCGGCGCCGCCUGUGGAUAAUGGUGUGGGGGGGUUCACGGUUGAGGAGCUCCUGGCUAUGCAGUUCAAGUCAAUUGUGCACAAUGCGGAAGCUUUGGCGGGAGCGAACACGAGGAUUAGGGAUGUGGUGUUUACGGUUCCGGCGUUUUUGAAGGCCGAGGAGAGGAGCUCUCUUAAGCUUGCCGCUGAGCUUGCUGGAUUGAAGGUUAUGAGCUUUGUUUCGGACGGGUUGGCUGUUGGUAUCAAUUACGCUACCACUCGUACUUUCAAUGAGGGCUCGCCCGAGUAUCACAUUGUUUACGACAUGGGCGCGGGGUCGACUACGGCUACUUUGUUGAGGUUCCAAGGCAGGAGUGUAAAGGAUGUUGGGAGGUUCAAUAAGACAGUCCAGGAGGUCGCGGUUCUUGGCAUUGGCUACGACGCUGAGCUUGGUGGAGAUCUCUUUAACCAGGAGGUUUUCGAAAUCCUUCUGGACGACUUUGUAAAUAACCCUAAGGCAAAGGAGCUCCUCAAGGAGGACCUGGACCUCAAGAACACUGUUCGCACCAAUGGCCGGGCUGCAUCUAAGCUCUGGAAGGAGGCCACUAGAGUCCGGCAGAUUCUCUCCGCCAAUGCUGACACCGUUGCUUCUAUCGAGUCAUUAUACAAGGAUAUUGAUUUCCGCUCCAGCAAAAUCACUCGCGCUACCUUGGAGGAGCUUCUCGCCCAGUACGAGGCUCGCAUCACCAAGCCGAUCACUGAUGCAAUUAGCAUCGCUAACAUCGCCUUGAGUGAAGUCAAUACCUUGAUCGUCCAUGGAGGUGCUGUCAGAACUCCAUUCGUCGGAAGGAAGAUCGAAGAUAUCAUGGGAGGUGCUGAGAAGAUCUCUAAGCAAGUCAAUCCUGAUGAGUCAGCUGUUCUUGGAGCUACUUUCAAGGGUGCUGCUGAGAGUGGCGCUUUCAAGGUGAAGGAGAUCCGAACCCAGGACCUUGGUGCAUUCGGUGUCUCUAUCAAGUACAAAAAGGAUGCAGAGGCAAGGAAAGGUAUGUGAUAGUGGGUGAACCUUAUAAGGAAGAUCGAUCGUCGCUAAUACCUCUAUAGAGACCGUCCAACAAAUCUUCCCUUUUUACUCCAAGAUUGGCAAUGAGAAGACCAUUCCUUUCUCUCGUAACUCGGAGUUCACUUUUAGCACUCUCUACAACCUCCCUCCUAGGAUCAACGACCCUAACCAAAAACCUGGGCAGGAAUUGCUCGAGACUAUCCAGACAUCCAACCUUACCGACUCUGUCAAGAAGCUUCAAGAAGACUUUGGAUGUGCGGAGAAAGAUAUUGUUACCAAAUUCGGCAUUGUGCUCAACCCUAAAGACUCUCUCCCAAAGGUCAUCAGAUUUUGGGUCGAAUGUGGGGUUGAGACUGCUCCCGAAGCUCCAAAGAAAGACGCCAGCGGCGCCUUUGAGGAUGUCAAGGGCUUUUUCGGCUAUGGAAAGAAGGAUAGUGAGCAGAAAGUUUUGAAGGACGAAGACCCGUCGUCGUCGUCAUCAUCUACCUCCACCAAGUCCUCAUCAACUUCAUCGUCGGCAACCCCGAAAUCGACUAAGUCAGCGGAUUCAGAGCCCAAGGCCGUCAGGAGAAUUGAGAAGAUUCCUGUCAAGUAUACCAUUACCAAGGGCGGAUUCCCCAACAUUCCGGAAAAAGACAAGAAAGCUUUGAUCCUGAAGUGAUUCCGUCCCUCUAGCCUACUAAUAAUAUUACUUGUUUACUGACAUUCACCUAGGAUCCGCGGUUUUGACAAGAACGACAAAGAGCGUAAGAAUCUUGAGGAAGCCCGUAACAACCUUGAAGCGUAUACCUACCGCGCCAGAGGUUAUUUGAGUGACGAUGCAUUCAUCGCCGUCUCUACCGAAGAGCAGCGUGAGAAAUUGGACGUCAUGAUUAGCGAGGCCAGCGAUUGGCUUUAUGGUGAUGGAUAUGCUGCUGGCCUUAAAGAAGUCCACCAAAAAAUCAAGCAGCUUGAGGCUCUUGAAGCCCCCAUUUCUAAAAGAAAGACAGAGAAGGAUAGCCUACCGGAGGCUCUCAAAGGUCUUAACAGUAUCCUUACCUCCAUGGAGGGUUUCAUCGAGCGUGAGGAAUCCCUUGCCGAGGCACAAUCCGACGAUCACUACUCAUUCGACUUGGAACCGUUGAAGAAAGCCUAUGAGAAAGGGAGAGCCUGGGCUGAAGAGAAGAGCGCUGCUCAGGAGAAGCUCCAGCCCCAUGAGGACCCCGUAACAACCUCUGAGGAGGUCACCACUAAGGCUAAGGAGCUUACCACUGAGCUCAUCACUUCGAUUCAUACAAAGAAGGAGCUUGAUGACAUGAGGGUGAGAAGUCUGAAGAAGGCAGCAGCAGCAGCAGAGAAGGAGGCGAAGGAAGCCGAGGCAAAAGCAAAAGCUGAAGCUGAGACCGCUGCGAGAGAGGAAGACGAGGCGGUGGGUGAGACUGAGUCAGAGGAUGAGGCAGAGGAUGAAAUCAAGCCCGAGUCUGGGGAGAAGACUGAGAGGGUCGAGGAGAGGGUCGGGGAGGAGAAGGUCGAGGAGGAGAUUGAGGAACGGAAACGUGAUGAACUGUAGAUGAAAUUAGAAUUAAACAAUGUCUGCUUUUUUUGUAUGUUUAUGUUUACUAUCUUAUAUCCUGUGUGGAAAAUUGCAGAUAAAUAUAUCGUGUUUGGUUUUAGGGCAGCGCCCCCUUCACCCUAGGAUUCGGAUGCCCAUUUUGUGCCUUUCUGAAGGUAUUAUAGAGGAUCCAAAGAAAGAGGGAUAGCAAAGGGGGUCAAGUCGCAACUCUAGUGAAUGAUUGUAAUGACAGGUUUUAGGGGUAACAACUGCUCAACGAGUGGGCUUACCAGCGAUAGGGAGAAUCCUGUCAGAACCCGAAUAAAAGUAGAGGGGCCAAAAACCAGCUCACAGGCCUACCAACACACCAAACCAGGCCUCCAAAGAUCUCAUUAUAUUAUCGAGGUGUAUGAGAAUAGGUCUCUGUAGGGCGGGCCAGCGCAGAUUUUGAUAUCGAGUGGGUGCGGGAAGGGAAACUGGUAAUACCUGCUGGAUAUCUCCUGACAGAGUCUUGGACAUGUUUGCUCCCUGGAGCCAUCCGUGAAGUAUAAGUAGCGGGAAAAUCCCCUCAAUACAAAACUCCUUCUUUCACUGUUUUCCUCUAUUCCCGGUUCGUGCCUCCUUGGUUUCGCCAAAUCACCCCCUUACCAAUUUAAUACUAACUUGCCUCUGCAAAGAUUAGAUGAAGGGGGAAUUUCUAUUAGAGCAGUAAACAUCUGCUCCAUUUUAUCUUUCAACCAUUCAAUCUCCCUCCUCAACCCUCUCGAUCUCCCGUUUGGGGGUGCUCGUUUGUUUGUUUUAUGAUAUCAUAUUGGGCUUUAGCACCUUUACCCUAGCUCUAUAUUAUAUUCUUACGGGUCAAUCACAUUGCUUCGAAGUGAUGAAUGCCUGACUUAAUCUGCCUAUCUGUUAUACGAACCAAAUCAUUAUUCAUUCGUGUACGACAGUAGUAAGUUUUCUGCAAAAGCAUAUACUCUGUACAUUCCAAGAUUCCAUUACUGUCCUUACGGUCCGGAAGGAGGGGCUGUUCAAGAGGGGAGGGCUUGGAGUCCAUUACUUAUGAUCGUGAGGCAAGGUCUGCUACUUACCACCUCACUCGGGAGUGGAAACUUUGCCAAACCGAACUCUGAACUAGCCAAUGACAGUAUCUGUCAUCUCCUUGUCACAUGUAUUACGGGAGACUCACCAGCUCCGGGUCAGGGAUAAGGGGUGAUAAAGAUCCUGCUACUAGUCCUAAACGGAUGUAAGUUGCGGUACCGUAAGAACUCAAAUACAAGAGAAAUGUGCUAGGACGUUGGAAUUCCCCUUCUCGACAAAGCGUGGGAAAACCACCGCAAACUCAGCCCUCAGCUAAGACAAAACAAAAGGAAUAUACACGGCGCCAUACUAGGAGAGGCAACUGCAACGUCCUAGCACAUUUCUCUUGUAUUCGAGUUUUUACGGUAAUGCUCCCGAUGCUGUCAGAGAAGUACUCACCAAAAUCGAAAGUCUGUUCCCGACCUCUACCCAGGCGCCAACGACCGAACCACACCCUACUUUUUUAUUUCAGGCUUACCUCUCAUAACCUCUCACAACCGAAGUGCAUGGAAUGGCACGCGGAUAGUGGGUGUUAGUCAUGCAUAUUAAGUCGUUCUUAUCCCAUAAGUUAGUUCUUAGAAGCAAGAACACCCCUCUGAACAUCUUACUUGAGUAGUCUCCCACAGCGUUCUAGAACAAGUGGAUGUGCAUGCACUUGUCGUCACUCAUAUGGACAUUUGCAAUCUUUUUAUGUGUAUUGUUAUAGACUCGUGAAUGGUUUCUAUUGGUGGAAUGGCAGUAUUUAAAGGGGCAGAUUAACACCCUUAGUUUUGGAAGAAGCGGGAAGGAAGACGUGAAGAAAAAGAGAAGAGAGCACAGGAGCUCAAACAAGUUUCAGAGAGGCACGAACAUUACCGAAUAGCCUAACUGAUAAUUUAUGCCUUUACCCUCCUCCAUCUUUACAACGGUUGUGACCAAUUUGAUUCUACUAGACCAUGGGGGUAAGAGAUGGUUGGUUUAAGCAACAAUUAUUCAUGGUGAGUUAUCCUCCGGACACCAAUAUAAUCUCCACCAACAACCCACCACAGAACGUUCAAGCCUUCCAAGCCUCGAUAUAUUUAUUUAUUUGUAACUGUACAAGUAUACUGCGCAACAGCCGAACCGGCCUGUGCACCCAAGCCAGGUCGCAGUACCUUCCUAAUUAAGUGCAGAUUGAAUCUAAGCCCAAUUUUGGCAACCAGGGCCCCGAAAGCACGACCAAUGGCAUGCUCUUGUGUAUCCAUUUUCGGGUUUUACCUUUGGCCAAAAUGUUAUCGCUACAGUCGACUAGCCUAAACUUUGUAAACUGUCAUAUGAGUGCAGUUUUGGGAAAAUAAUAAAAAUCGUUAUCAUGUGCAAGUUUCCCCGUCUUUCCUAAAACUGCACCCAUGUUAUGUAAAUACAGAUAUGUAGUUAAUAACUGGUCUUACAGAAACAUAUCAGAAUUGAAUAUGUUUAAAGAAUUAAAAAAAUUUAAAUUAAAAAAUUUAAGGCCCUGCACGGCAUGCC